AUGGGUGCCAUUGGCUUCCAGAAGUCGUCAGAAGACGUUUCGGCGUUUUGGCAGCGCCAUUUUGAAAACCUUGACGCUGCUUCGUUUCCCGCAAUACCCUCUCACCUAAAGAAGCCCGAUCCCACUGCUCAUGCUGAGCAUAAGAUCGUUUACCCGGCCUCCGCUCAACAUCAAUGGGACAGCACCAUCGUCUGUCGAGCUGCCCUUGCGGUUCUCCUAGCUCGCUACACUAAUGCUUCAGAAGCACUUUUUGGCGUUGCCCUGGAGAGGCCGGGCUCGACCCAGACGGUUUUGCCCACCCGUGUGUUUUGUGAACCUCACCAAUCCGUUUCCGACCUUUUCACUGCGAUCGCGGCCAAUGACGCUGUUGUCCGCAAGCUUGGGUAUGACGGCCUGGAUAUCGUCCGCCAAGUUGGGGAAUCUGGCAUUGCCGCGUGCGCUUUCCAAACGGUGCUGGCAGUCACUGGAGAAUCAGAAAGUCUUACACAUCAUGGUGACCGUUCUCUCUUUAUCCGCUGCCAUGCAACCGAGAACUCGGUCACAAUGAAAGCGCGAUACGACCCCAGCGUCAUUGACGCUCAACAAACAGCUCGUUUCCUGCGACAGCUGGGGCUCUUGAUCCAACAAUUCCAGAGCAAUUCGAUUGACCAGCAGCUCGCGGAACUGGACUUUUUCACUGCAGAGGAUCGCGUCGAGGUCGAGAGCUGGAAUUCAGCGUCGCUUCCGCGAAUGGACAUCUGUCUCCACGAACUCAUCGCCCGGAAGGCUGUCGAGACGCCAGAAAGCCCAGCUGUGUAUGCCUGGGAUGGCGAGUGGUCUCAUGCCGAGCUCGACAGCGUAUCUUCGCGACUUGCCAGGUAUAUCCAGUCCCUGAAUCUGGAAUCUGGGUAUGCGGUACCCUUAUGCUUUGAAAAGUCAAAGUGGAUGGUCGCAGGAGUUCUCGCUGUGCUCAAGGCCGGCCAUGCCUUUGCUUUGAUCGACCCGGUGCACCCAACGGCUCGCGUUGGCCAAAUUUGCCGCCAGACCGCCGCGACCUUCGCCCUCGCCUCUAGACUCCAUCGUGAGACUUUUGACGGUCUUGUGCCUCGUACAAUUGUUCUCGAUGACGCCUUGAUCCAAUCGUUGCCGCAGCUUAGCGAGGCAAAUUUCACGCCCGUCGCGAGGCCAAACGACCUAGCAUAUGUUGUCUUCACGUCCGGUAGCACUGGAGAACCCAAGGGUGCCAUGCUCGAGCACCGCGCCUUCGCGUCGUGCGCCUUCGAGUUCACCACAUUCUUCGGUGUCGAUAAAGACACCAGGUCCCUCCAGUUCUCCUCCUAUGCAUUUGGCCCCAGCCUAACGGAGACUCUGGGCGCCUUGAUGCACGGAGGUUGUGUCUGCAUCCCAUCGGAGGAUGAGCGCAUGAAUGAUCUUGCAGGAUUCAUCAAGCGCGCUCGUGUCAACUGGGCAACGCUUACCCCCUCUUUCGCAGCUACUAUGCCCCCGGAAAGCCUUGCCGGCCUCAAGACUCUUUUGUCAGGAGGUGAACCAUUUUCAGCUUAUCAGAGGGACACCUUCGCGUCCCGGGUCCGUUUAUUCAACUCUUACGGCCAGAGCGAGAGCGCCACAACAUGUGGUGGUACGCGCAUUUAUCAAGAUACUACAGACCUCCGGACCAUUGGCCGUGCUUUGGGCGCCCGGUACUGGAUCACUACCCCAAGCGACCCUAACCAGCUUGCUCCUGUCGGAUGUGUCGGAGAACUGAUGAUUGAGAGUUACGGAAUUGCUAGGGGCUAUAUCAAGCCUCUGUCACCGGAAGAGUCACCUUUCCUCGAUGACGCCCCAUCGUGGUAUCCUAAGGACUGGCGUCAUCAGCAAAAGGAAAACGGCUAUCGAUUCUACCGCACCGGAGACCUGGUUUGUUACCGUUCUGAUGGUACUGUUGCCUACCUAGGCCGCAGGGAUUCGCAAGUCAAAAUCAGAGGUCAACGAGUAGAACUUGGUGAGGUGGAAAGCCACUUGCGUGAAGCCCUUCCUCGUCACAUGAUACCCGUGGCCGAAGCGAUCAAGCGGACUCAAGAGGCAAGCAGUGCAGUCCUGGUCGCGUUCCUCUUCGGGCCGUUCCAGUCGGAUGAGGCUGCUCACGUCAACGAGGAGGCGUAUAUCCUCGAUGAUGCUGAGACCCGCCGUAUCAGGGCGCCCCUGGAGCAAGCUCUCCCGGAAUAUGCAGUCCCAUCAUACUUUAUCCGCAUGAAGCAGCGCCCAACUAUUGUUACUGGAAAAACAGACAGGAGACGACUCCGUUCCAUCGGCACAAAGCUCGUACAAGAACUCAUUCACAAUGCCAUUUCUUCUCCGCCCGAUGCAGCGCUCGGCGAGCCGAUCAGUGCACAGGAGGACAACCUGCGGCAGUUGUGGUUCCGAAGCUUGCAACUUCCCUCUGCUUCUAACAGCCACGGAGCCAACUUUUUCCAGCUGGGUGGCGAUUCCAUCGCAGCUAUCAAGUUGGUGAACAUGGCAAAGGUGGCUGGGAUUGACCUGACCGUGACCGAUGUCCUGCAGAACCCGACUCUGCCGGGCCUGGCGGCUAAGAUUCGUCAAGAAUCCCGUCAGGGCAGCGGCCAAAUCAUGGCGGCGGCCUACGAGGGUCCUGUUGAGUUGUCGUAUGCCCAGGGUCGUCUUUGGUUUCUCGAUCAGCUUAACAAAGGCUCUUCGUGGUACCUCGUACCGUUUGCAGAGCGCCUACGGGGCUCGCUCCAGAUCGAUGCUCUCACAGCUGCCUUACAUGCAUUAAAGCAGAGACACGAGACUCUGCGGACGGUAUUUGAGGAUCAUGACGGCGUGGGUAUGCAGGUGGUCCAUGAGACUCAUGCCAGGGAUCUCCGAAUCAUUGAUUUGACAUCGUCCUCCGACAGCUACGAGGAAGUGCUCCGGCUGGAACAGACCACGCCUUUCGACUUGGCUUCCGAGCCUGGUUGGCGCGUGGCCUUGUUGCAGCUGGGAGAGGAAGACUAUGUGCUCUCAAUUGUCUUCCACCACAUCAUCUCCGACGGCUGGACGGUUGACAUCAUGCGCAGGGAGCUCAGUGUCUUCUACGCCGCUGCCCGCGGCGGCGAGGACCCUUUGACCCAGCUGCCGCCCCUAGCAAUCCAGUAUCGCGACUUUGCGGCCUGGCAAAAACAAGACGCACAGGUAGCAGAACAUCAGCGACAGCUUGAGUACUGGACUAAACAACUGGCCGAUAGCUCGCCGGCUGAGUUCCUGUCCGACAAGCCCCGCCCCGACACCUUAUCGGGCAACGCAGGAGAGGUCAACUUCACCAUCGAAGGCUCCCUAUUCGAGAGCCUACAAGCCUUUUGCCGCGAUAAUGCGGUAACCCCGUUUGCUGUUCUCUUUGCCGCUUUUCGCGCCACGCAUUACCGUUUGAUAGGGGCAGAGGAUGCUGUCAUUGCUGCCCCCAUUGCGAACCGCAAUCAUCCCGAGUUAGAGGAUAUGAUUGGCUUCUUCGUCAAUACACAGUGUCUACGAACAGUUGUCGAUGAUGACCAGACGUUCCAAAGCCUAGUCCAGCAGGUCCGGGCUACAGCUACGACAGCGUGGGAGCACCAAGAUGUGCCGUUUGACCGCAUCGUGUCAGCACUACUGCCCGGAUCUAGAGAUUCGUCGCGAAACCCCCUAGCGCAGCUUGUGUUCGUCCUGCAUUCGCAGCAGGACUUUGGAAGAAUGCAACUAGAAGGCGUGCAAGGUGAAUCGCUCUCUACGGAACCGACGACGCGCUUCGAUCUUGAAUUCCAUCUAUACCGGGAGCAGGACCGGUUCCGUGCCAAUAUGUUGUUUGCCUCUGACCUGUUCGAGCCCAAGACCAUCAAAGGCGUCGCCAAUAUCUUCCUGGAGGUGCUGCGUCGUGGCCUUGCCCAGCCCGAGACACGCGUCGCCACUCUGCCGCUGACUGAUGGCAUGGCUGAAGUACACGAUUUGGGCCUGCAUAAAAUCGUCAAGACAGACUACCCCAGAGACGCUAGCCUCGUAGAUCUUUUCCGAGAGCAGGCAGCCGUCUCUCCUGACGCCGUGGCCGUGACGGACGCGGGUUCGUCAACCAAGCUGACCUACCUCGAGCUCAAUGACCAGUCUGAUAGACUGGCUGGCUGGCUACGCCGGCGCGAACUGGCACCUGAGACCUUGGUCGCCGUGUUUGCUCCCCGAUCCAGCCAGACUAUCGUGGCUUUCCUUGCAAUUCUCAAAGCGAACCUCGCGUAUCUUCCGCUUGACGUGAACACGCCGCUCGGUCGUAUUGAGACGAUCCUGUCGGCGGUGCCGGGCCACAAGCUACUCCUUGUCGGCGAAGGCACGCCGGCGCCGGAUGUUCAGGUGCCUGAGGUUGAGCCUGUAUAUAUCACCAAGGCUCUGGACGAGGCGUCCGGGCUCACUCAACAGUCCGAUGUCCACAGUGUGAUGGGCCCAAAGGCCACAAACCUGGCCUAUGUCAUGUUCACCUCAGGCUCAACUGGUCAGCCCAAGGGCGUGAUGGUUGAACAUCGCAACAUCGUACGCCUAGUCAAGGAAACGAACCUCAUUCCUCAGGCGGAGGCCGUGGCAGCCGUUGCCCACAUCUCCAACCUGGCUUUUGACGCAGCCACAUGGGAAAUCUAUGCCCCGCUUCUCAACGGGGGCAUGGUGGUUUGUAUUGACUAUAUGGCAGUCCUCAACCCUGUUAAUAUGAGCCAAAUCCUCUCCGAUCACAAGGUCACUGCUGCAUUCUUUACAACGGCUCUGCUAAAGCAGUUCCUGGAGGAUAUGCCUUCCAUUAUUAGUGGCCUCGACAUCCUGCUUGCGGGUGGUGAAUGGAUGCGGCCGCAGGACGCACAAAAGACGGUGCAACUAGUGCGCCAGUCUUUCUUCCAUGUUUACGGACCCACGGAGAACACCACAUUCAGCACCAUGUAUCCGAUGCGCGCAAAGGAGCAGUAUCAAUACACCAACGGCGUUCCCAUCGGCCUGAGUAUCAGCAACUCAGGGGCAUACGUCAUGGACCCAGACCAACAGCUUGUCCCCGUCGGUGUUAUGGGUGAGCUUGUCGUGACAGGCGAUGGUCUGUCAAGAGGGUACACAAUCAAGGAGCUAGACCAGGACCGCUUCGUCAAUAUUUCAAUUGCAGGUCAGCUUAUAAGAGCCUAUCGAACUGGCGAUAGAGUGCGGUACCGGCCUCUGGAUGGCCAGAUCGAAUUCAUCAGUCGGAUGGACCAACAGGUCAAGAUUCGUGGCUAUCGUAUCGAGCCGGCUGAGAUCGAGCAGGCGAUGCUUAGCCACAACGCCGUCCACAACGCAGUUGCCAUUGUCUGCAAGUCUGAGGGCAAGGAGUCGGAAAUCAUCGGCUUUGUGGCUGCCCGCGACGAUAACAAGCAUAUCCCGGUGCGCGACGAGGAGACCCCGGGUCAGGUAGGUGGCGAGGAGGAAGAAGACGAGUUUGUGACACUAAUGGAACAGCACAUUUUGCAGCGGCUCAAGGCGGUGCUGCCGUCUUAUAUGAUACCGACGCGUAUCGUCAUAGAAGACAAGCUACCCCUUAACGCCAACGGUAAGGUUGACCGCCAAGAACUGACACGCAGGGCACAAACAGUACCAAGGAGAAGCGUAACCUCGGGACAAAAGCCGGCGCUGGUGGCGCCACGCAACGAGGUCGAGGCCGCGUUGUGCGAGGAGUUUGCUAAGAUUCUCGACACCGAGGUCAGCAUUAUCGACAACUUUUUCGAGCUUGGUGGCCAUUCCCUUAUGGCAACUAAGCUAGCUGCACGUAUUAGCAAGCGACUGGAAGUUCGCGUGACUGUCAAAGAUAUCUUUGACCAGCCUAUCUUGCUCGACCUCGCAUCAAGCCUUCGCCGCGGCACAACACAACACAACCCAAUUGUGCCGAGGCCGUAUGAAGGCCCUGUUGAACAGUCAUUUGCACAGGGCCGUCUAUGGUUCCUUGAGCGCUUAUAUCCAGGCCUCACAUGGUAUCUUUCGUCUUUUGCUUCUCGCCUACGAGGACCUUUGGAUCUCGAGGCGCUGAGCACGGCACUUCUCGCGCUUGAGGAACGCCACGAGGGCCUUCGCACUACUUUCCAACAACAAGAUGGUGUGAACGUCCAGGUGGUUCACCCGUUCUCCCCGAAACAGCUCCGAAUCAUUGAUAUUGAUGGAGGCUCCGAAGAGAAGCUUAUGCAGGUUCUUCGGAAUGAAAACUCUACACCUUUCAACCUGGAGACCGAAGCUGGAUGGCGCCCAGCCCUCCUACGUCUGGGCGAACAGGAUUACGUGCUAUCUAUAGCUAUACACCACAUCAUAUUUGACGGCUGGUCUCUUGAAAUUAUUCAACGUGAGCUUGUGGCGUUCUACGCUACCGCACUCACAGGCAAGAAACCGCUUUCGGAGGUGAACCCUCUCCCUAUCCAAUACCGCGAUUUCGCCCUAUGGCAGAGAGAAGAAGCCCAAAUUGCUGAGCAAGAGCGCCAGCUAGCCUACUGGAAAGAUCAUCUUGAUGGAAGCCAGCCGGCUACUCUGCUGUGCGACAAGCCUCGACCGGCUUUGCCUUCAGGCACAGCCAACGUGCAUGAAUUCUUUGUCGAUGGUACACUGUAUGAGGAUCUGCAGAGGUAUUGCAAGCAGUACCAGACUACGCCCUUCUCUGUGCUCUUUGCCGCAUUCCGGGCGGCGCAUUAUCGCUUGACCGGCGUAGAAGAUGCUACUAUUGGCAUGCCUAUUGCCAAUAGAAACCGACAAGAACUUGAAGACCUAAUCGGCUUCUUUGUUAAUAUGCAGUGUAUCCGUACAGCCCUAGCGGAUGAGGAGACGUUCGAGACGUUGGUUAGACAGGUGGUCUCCGCGUCAGCUGCGGCCUCUGCUAACCAGGACGUCCCCUUUGACCGUCUGGUCGCCGAACUAUUGCCCGGAACGCGUGACGUUUCGCGCCAUCCGCUCGUACAGAUGACAUUGGCUGUUCAUUAUCAAGAGAAUCUUGGCUAUGUUCAACUUGAUGGGCUGAACUCUGAGCCCUUGGAAGCUGCCAAAGCUACAAGAUUCGAUCUCGAGUUCCACUUCUUCCAGCAGAAUGACCGUUUCCGCGCCGUUAUUAUGUAUUCGAAUGAGCUAUUCAGCCCGGCGUCCAUCACUACCAUGAAGGACAUUUUUGGAGAGAUUCUCCGAAGGGGCCUCGCAGAACCUUCAGUCCCGAUUGCCUCUAUGCCGCUAACUAGCGGCCUUUCCAUGCUCGCCGACAAGGGACUCACAAAGGUCUCGCGAAGCAACUAUCCUCGGGACGACAGUAUACCAGCUCUUUUCCGCCAGCAAGUUGCCCUCUGCAGAGAUGCUAUAGCUGUUAAGGAUAGCAACUCGACAUUGACUUAUGCCGAACUGGAUUGCCAGUCAGAUCAGCUGGCGUACUGGCUUGUUAAGCAGGGCUUUGCACCCGAAACCAUGAUUGCCGUUCUAUCCCCGCGGUCGUGCGAGACGAUCGUAGCCCUCAUCGGAAUCCUCAAGGCUAACUUAGCCUAUCUGCCUCUCGAUGUCAACGUUCCCUUGGGCCGUCUUGAGAGCAUCCUAUCAGCUGUUGAGGGCGAAACGCUUGUCCUGCUUGGUACUAACGUAACUGUACCACCUAUCCGACAGAACAACGUGAAAUUCCACACGAUUGCAGAAGCGUGUGAUAAUAAGGCCAGCAUAGAACAAGACAUUGUAACGCUGCUACCAACACCUACUGCAACAAGUCUAGCCUACGUCAUGUUUACAUCCGGAUCUACGGGACGUCCCAAAGGUGUCAUGGUCGAGCAUCGAGGUGUCAUCAGGCUGGUUAAGAACACCAAUAUCCAGUCAUUGGCCCAAUCAGCCGUACCGGUAGCCCACAUCGCCAAUGUUGCCUUCGACGCUGCUUCAUGGGAAAUCUAUACUGCCUUGCUCAACGGCGGAUCGGUUAUCUGCAUCGACCACACCACUGUCUUGGACGUGGCUAUGCUCAAGCGUGUGUUCGAACAGGAGAAUAUCCGCGCUGCCAUGCUUACGCCAGCCUUGCUGAAGCAGUGCCUAGAGAACGCCCCCUCCAUGUUCGGUUCUCUGGAGCUUCUAUUCUCUGCCGGUGAUCGAUUUGAUGCCCGCGACGCCAUCAAGGUCAAUGCCAUCGUUCCAGGCGACGUGCUUAACGCUUACGGCCCAACGGAGAACACGAUUCUGAGUACCACCCACAGAGUCAGCAAUCUGGAUUCCUACACCAAUGGCGUUCCGAUCGGAGAGGCUGUCAGUAAUUCGGGUGCGCAUAUUAUGGAUAUGCACCAGAACCCAGUGCCGAUCGGCGUUAUGGGAGAGCUAGUCGUUUCGGGCGACGGCCUUGCCCGAGGAUACACCGACCCCGAGCUUGACAACAACCGAUUCGUGCACAUUGUUAUUGAUGGUCAAUCUGUACGGGCGUACAGGACCGGCGAUCGCGCGCGUUACCGUUCCGAUGGGCAAAUUGAGUUCUUUGGGCGUAUAGACCAACAGGUCAAGAUCCGCGGCCACCGUGUUGAGCCGGCGGAGGUGGAACAGACCCUGCUCAAGCACCCGGCUGUCCGUGACGCCGUUAUUGUUAUCCGGAAGAACGAAGAACAAGGAGCGGACAUGGUCGGCUUCAUCGCUGCCCAGGACGAGCCGUUGGCCCAGGAUGCCCAGGUCGACGUGACCAAGCGUGUCGAAGGCUGGGGUAAUCACUUCGAGACAAGCACAUACGUCGAUAUCAACACCAUUGAUCAAUCUGUUAUCGGUAACGACUUUAUGGGCUGGACGUCUAUGUAUGACGGAAAAGAUAUUGAUAAAAGGGAGAUGCAAGAAUGGCUGGAUGACACAAUGGCAGCUAUUCUCGACAACCGCCCAGCCGGCCGCGUGCUUGAAAUUGGCACAGGUAGCGGUAUGAUAUUAUUCAACCUUGGAGACGACCUGGAGAGCUACAUUGGCCUUGACCCCUCUAGCUCUGCCGUGGAUUUCGUCAACAGCAAGAUUCGAUUCGCUCCUAGUGUCGUUGGCAAAGCCCAGGUAAACGUCGGCACCGCGACGGACAUAGCUGGGCUUGAGGGAAUGCAAGCAGACCUAGUUGUGGUAAACUCUGUCGCACAAUACUUCCCCAGCGCAGAGUACCUCUUGCAGGUUAUUGAUACUGCGAGUCAGAUUCCUGGCGUAAAGCGUCUUGUCUUCGGCGACAUGCGAUCUUGGGCUAUCAACCGCGACUUCCUAGCAGCCAGGGCUCUCUUUACACUAGGACCGGCAGCAACCAAGGAUCAGAUCCGGUCAAAGAUGGCAGACCUCGAAGAGAACGAGGAAGAGUUGCUCGUGGACCCGGCAUUCUUUACAGGCCUCAAGAACCGCUUUCCCGAUCGCAUAUUCCACGUCGAGAUCCUCCCCAAGCGCAUGAAGGCUAUUAACGAGCUUAGCGCAUAUCGGUAUCAAGCAAUCGUACACAUACGGUCGGGUGAGGAGACUCAACCGCUUGUGCACGACAUCAACCCGGAGGCUUGGAUUGACUUUCAGGUUUCUCAACUCCACCGAAAUGGGCUUCUCAAUCUCCUUCACAGCUCACCAGAUUCGCAAACCAUUGCUGUAAGCAAUGUGUCCUACAGCAGGACUGUUGUUGAGCGGCUGCUUGCUGAGUCUCUCGACGAUGAUAACGAUCCAGACUCUAAGGACGGUGCUGAUUGGAUCUCGAGCAUUUACGAGAAAGCCGCAGAGUCCGUAUCUCUGUCGCCUUAUGACCUCGUGCAGUUGGGUAAGGAGGCAGGCUUCCGCGUAGAGCUCAGCUGCGCUCGCCAACGGUCGCAGAACGGUGCUGUUGAUGUCGUAUUCCAUCGCCUCCAACCUAUUGACGAGAAUAGCCGUGUAUUGGUCCGAUUUCCAACCGAAGAUCAGGGCCUCUCCUCUAGCCUCCUUGCCAAUCGGCCGCUGCAGCGAGAGCAAGGCCGUAAGGUAGAGGCGCAGAUCCGCGAGUACCUUCAGAGCCUACUCCCCCCGUACAUGAUUCCGAGCCAGAUUAUGGUUCUCGAUCACCUGCCGGUUAAUGCCAACGGUAAAGUUAACCGUAGUGAUCUUGCUCGACGAGCCCAGGCGGUACCGAGAGCUAGGACCGCAACAACCCAUGUUGCGCCCCGCAAUGAGGUAGAAGCCAUCCUGUGCGAAGACUUUGCCGAUGUGCUUGGUGUUGAGGUGGGCACCACUGACAGCUUCUUCGACCUCGGCGGACAUUCUCUCAUGGCUACGAAAUUAGCCGCACGACUUACACUGCGUCUUGAAUCCCGGGUAUCCGUUAAGAACAUCUUCGACCACCCUGUGAUUGCCGACCUUGCUACAACUAUCCGCCAGGGCUCUUCGAAGCACAACAAGAUUCCCUCCCAGAUCCACGACGGCCCAGUCAUGCAAUCCUCUGCGCAGGGUCGUCUCUGGUUUCUUCAUCAGCUCGAAUUGGGUAACUCCUCUGCUUACCACAUGCCAAUCGCAGUGCGAAUGAAGGGCUCGCUUGAUAUCUGCGCGCUUCGUACCGCUCUCAAUACUCUCGUGAAGCGCCACGAGACACUGCGGACAACCUUUGAGGAGCACGAUGGCACGGGUAUGCAAAUUGUGCAGCCAGUUACAGACGGUCAAGAGCUCCGAGUAUUGGAUGUAACCGACGGACGCUAUGAGGAGAUACUACAACAGGAACAGGCGAGGCCCUUUGACCUCGGGUCAGAGCCAGGUUGGCGUGUUGCACUGCUCCGCAUGGGUGCAGACGAUCACAUCAUUUCUAUCAUCAUGCAUCAUAUUAUCUCUGAUGGUUGGUCCUUCGAGGUUCUCCAGCGUGAGCUGGCUGCCUUCUAUACGGCAGCCCUAGCUGGCGAGGACCCCUUGUCGAGUGUCUCUCCACUACCUAUCCAAUAUCGCGACUUCUCCUUAUGGGAGAAAGAAGAGGCACAAGUGGCUGAGCACGAGAGGCAGCUGGCAUACUGGAAACAGGAAUUGACUGGCAGUCAUCCGGCUACAUUUUUAUGUGACAAGUCUCGCCCUAAUGCUCUCUCCGGCUCCGGGGGCCUCGCGGAAUUCACGAUUAAAGGCACCGUCUAUGAGAAACUCCAGGCAUUCUGUCAAGCACAACAAGCCACGCCUUUCGUCGUUCUGCUUGCAGCGUUCCGAGCAGCCCAUUAUCGUCUGACGGGCGAUGACGAUGUGACUGUUGGUACGCCGAUUGCCAACCGUAGCCGGCCGGAAGUGCAAGACCUCAUCGGAUUUUUCGUCAACACCCAGUGCAUGAGAGUUGUUGUUAACGAUAACCACACAUUCGAGGCAAUUGUGCGCCAGGUGCAACUAACGGUUACAUCAGCAUUUGACAAUCAAGACGUGCCGUUCGAGCGUAUCGUAUCAACCCUCUUACCCGGCUCAAGGGAUACGUCGCGUAAUCCCCUGGUUCAGCUCAUGUUUGCUGUGCAUUCUCAGCAAGAUAUCGGCAAAGUUCAGCUGGAGGGGCUUACCAGUUCGAAUUUACCAUUUAUACCUACCACACGCUUCGAUCUCGAGCUUCACCUGUUUCAAGAAGAAGAGAGCUUGAAGGGAACGGUCUUCUAUUCCACCGAUCUUUUCGAGCCCAAGACGGUGCAAAUCAUCGUGGACGUGUUCCAAGAGGUGCUUCGAAGGUGCCUCGAGCAGCCGCUCACGCCUAUUGCCGGUCUUGCUCUCACCGACGGGCUGCCAGCCCUGCGGAGCAUGGGCCUACUCGAGGUUGAAACUUCGGAUUUUCCCAGAGACUCCAGUGUGGUGGAUUUGUUCCUCGAGCAGGCCGCCACUAAUCAGGAACGAGUUGCUGUCAAGGAUACCUCGUCCCAGCUGACUUAUGCCGACUUGAAUAACCAGUCAGAACGGCUGGCAGACUGGCUGCGGCAGUUUAAGCUUCCCGAAGGGACACUGGUCGGAGUCCUUGCUCCUCGAUCUUGUGAGACUGUGGUAACUCUUCUGGCAAUCCUCAAGGCGAACCUGGCCUACCUGCCGUUUGAUGUCAAUGAGCCUGUCGCUCGCCUUGAAGACAUCUUGUCAGAAGUUUCCGGUCGCAAGCUUGUCCUUGUUGGCUCGAACGUGCCUAUGCCCAAGGUUAACCUUGCCGAUGUUGAGCUGGUGUACAUCUCUGAGGCCAUGAACCAACAUCUUCAGCAGGUGGAUGAUGGCGUCCAUAACGCUGCACGACCACAUGCAACGAGUCUUGCUUAUGUCAUGUUCACCUCUGGCUCGACGGGUCGUCCCAAGGGCGUUAUGAUUGAACACCGCAGCAUCGUUCGACUUGUUAAAAGUACUAAUAAGCACUUGCAAACACCGCUUGGGGGUACCAUGGCUCAUCUUUCUAAUCUGGCCUUCGACGCCACAACAUGGGAAAUCUACUCACCGCUGCUUAAUGGUGGAACAAUCAUUCUCGAAGACAUGCCCUCAAUCGUUAGCAGUCUGAAUGUCUUGUUAACCGGAGGCGAGACCAUGCGCCCACAAGACGCCUUUAAGGGUCGUGAGCUUAUCAGACAAGCACUUUGUCACGUGUACGGACCAACAGAAAACACAACCUUUAGUACGAUCUACGAAAUGGGCCCUGACGAGACUUGUGUCAACGGUCUGCCUAUCGGACGGGGUAUCAAGAACUCUGGUGCCUUCAUUAUGGAUUCCAGGUUGCAACUUGUGCCCCUUGGUGUUGCAGGCGAGCUCGUUGUUACAGGCGACGGCUUAGCGCGUGGUUAUACUAACUCUGUGCUAAACGAGCGUUCCUUUACCCAUGUCAACAUCGACGGCCGAUCAGUAAGAGCAUACCGGACGGGUGACCGUGCCCGAUACCGGCCAGCUGACGGUCAGAUCGAAUUCCUGGGCCGUAUUGAUAACCAAGUAAAGAUUCGAGGCUACCGUAUCGAAACGGCUGAGGUAGAGCAGGCUUUGGCUGGAAUUCCUGGGAUCCGUGACUCAGCUGUCGUCAUAAGAAAAUUCGAAAACCAGCAGCCAGACAUUGUUGGAUUUGUUACGACCCACGGAGUUGACGACUCUCCUACUACCGCUCCCGCUGUCGCUAACGUGGCAGAGAGAAGCAUUCGACAACAGCUCCAAGCCACCUUGCCGUCCUACAUGAUACCAGCGCAAAUCAUUGUCGUAGACUAUCUGCCGCUGAAUGCGAAUGGCAAAGUUGACCGUCGGGAACUGGUCAGGAAAGCUUUGACAACGCCGAGAACAAGCGCUGCGUCACAACGCGUGGCCCCACGUAACGAGGUCGAAGCAGUGCUAUGUGAAGAGUUUGCAAAGCUGCUUGGUAUCGACGUUGGCGUUUCCGACAACUUCUUCGACCUUGGCGGGCACUCUUUGAUGGCUACAAGACUGGCAGCACGUAUAAGCCGUAGGCUGGAAGUCCGCGUCACAGUCAAAGACAUUUUCGACCGUCCAACUUUUGUUGACCUUGCCUCCAUCAUCAAGAAGGGUUCCGCACUUCACAGUCCCAUUUUGGCGGGACAAUACUACGGGCCGGCCGAGCUUUCAUACGCCCAAGGACGCCUCUGGUUCUUAGAAAACCUGAGUAUCGGGGCACUCUGGUAUCUCAUUCCCCUUGCAGCACGCCUACGUGGGCCGCUGCAGGUCGAGGCCCUCUCUAUUGCCAUCAAUGCCCUAGAAGAGCGCCAUGAAACGCUGCGUACAACCUUUGGGGAUAAGGAUGGUGUUGGUGUACAGAUCAUCCACCCGCCUAGCAGAAAUCAGUUGAAGGUAAUUGACCUCUCCGCCGAGCGGGACAGCAAUAGCUAUAUCAAGCCAUUCAAGGAAGAGCAGGCAACUCUCUUCAACUUGGCCUCCGAUUUCAGCUGGAGGGUAGUGCUAUACAAGGUUGGAGAGGAUGACCACGUUCUAUCUAUUGUUAUGCAUCACAUCGCCUCUGACGGCUGGUCUAUUGAUGUCUUGCGUAAGGAAUUGAGCACAUUCUACGCCAUCGCACUCCGAGGCGACAACCCUCUCUCGAAGAUACGCCCUCUACCCAUUCAAUACCGCGACUUUGCUACAUGGCAGAGAAGCGAUGCUCAACUAGCCGAGCAAAAGCGACAACUGGACUACUGGACCGAGAAUCUGGCAGACAGCACGCCAGCCGAGUUCUACUGCGACAAGCCACGCCCGUCUAUACCGUCUGGCAAGGCUGGCUAUGCUGUCCUCACUGUUGACGGUCCUGUCUACGACAAACUCCAAGCCUACUCUCGAGCCACAAACUCUACUUCUUUUGCCGUUCUGCUUGCAGCAUUCCGUGCUACGCACUAUAGGCUUACCGGGGUAAAGGAUGCUACGAUUGGCGCACCCAUUGCUAACCGCAACAGACCAGAAAUCGAAGACUUGAUUGGCUUCUUCGUCAACGCCCAGUGUCUGCGGAUAACUGUUGAUGAGAAUGAGACGUUCGCAAGUCUCGUGCCGCAGGUCCGUGGCACUGCGGCUGCUGCCUUUGAGAAUCAAGAUGUGCCAUUCGAGACUGUUGUGACAGCCCUCCAGCCUAAUGCGAGAGACGCGUCCCGUAACCCGCUAGUGCAACUCAUGUUUGCGCUACACUCGCAGAAUGACCUCGGAAGAAUUCACCUGGAGGGUCUUGUUAGUGAGCGUCUCCCAUCGCCUGCGACAACUCGAUUCGACGUGGAAUUUCACUUGUUCCAGGAGGAGGACCGACUCGGUGGUGCCGUCUUCUACGCCUCAGACCUCUUUGAACCCUCUACGAUUCAGGGUAUCAUCAAUCUUUACAAGGAAGUUCUGCGCCGCGUUCUCGAGAACCCCGCGGCACCCAUUGCAUCCCUGCCCCUCACUGAUGGGCUGGCUGAUCUGAGAACCACCGGUCUACUGGAUAUCGAGAGGACCGAGUAUCCGCGAGACUCGAGCUUGGUAGAUAUUUUCAGAGAGCAGGUUGCUGCCAACCCUACUGCGAUUGCUGUCAAAGACUCGAUCUCGCAGUUGACGUACUCGCAGCUAGAUCAGCAAUCAGAUGCCCUAGCAGCUUGGCUGCUUCGGAAUCUGAAGAGUCCUGCCUCUGAGACGCCCAUCGCUGUCUUCUCCCCGCGUUCCUGCGAGACCAUUGUCGCCUUCCUUGGUGUCCUCAAAGCGAACCGCUCCUAUCUCCCUCUGGAUGUUAAGGUUCCAGUUGCGCGGCUUACCUCCAUCUUUUCAGCUCUGGAGGACGACAUCCUCGUUUUGCUCAAUUCUACAGUCACGCGACCCGAUAUCAAAAUGCCGAACGUGGCAAUGGUAUCGAUUCCUGAUGCGAUCCGUGACGCCCCCAAAGACAACCUUGACCCUCACCACCAAGGACCGACUGCAACGAGCCUUGCCUACGUUAUCUUUACAUCCGGCUCAACUGGCAAGCCAAAGGGCGUUAUGAUUGAGCAUCGCGCAGUUCUCAGGCUGGUCAAACAGAGCAACGUCAAUUCAGAGUUGCCAGCAAAGGCGCGUGUUGCCCACUUGACGAAUGUUGCCUUUGACGUCUCCAUGUGGGAGAUUUAUACGGCGCUGUUGAAUGGAGGCACCUUGAUCUGCAUCGACUACUUCACUUCGCUGGAGCCUGAAGCUCUUAACGACCUUUUCCUGCGGGAACAGAUUCAAGUGACGAUGAUGCCUCCCGCCUUGUUGAAGCAGUGUCUCAAGCCAAUGGCCGGCACUCUCAGCGCCCUCCAUCUCUUGUAUGCCGCGGGUGACCGAUUCGAUAGCCAUGACGCCGCAGCCGCAACAGAACUGGUGUCGGGUAGCGUAUAUAACGCAUACGGCCCUACGGAAAACGGUAUUCUCAGUACCUUUUAUAAGGUAUCUGCGCAAGACCCCUUGGUGAACGGCGUCCCGAUUGGCCAUGCUGUGAGCAAUUCUGGCGCCUAUGUCAUGGAUAAGAACCAGCAAGUCGUUCCGCUGGGUGUGAUGGGAGAGCUUGUCGUCACAGGAGAUGGCCUUGCCCGCGGCUAUACCGAUAGCGAACUCAACAAAGACAGAUUUGUUCAGGUGGCAGUCAACGGCCAGGUCGUCAAGGCGUACCGUACGGGUGACCGUGUUCGACGGCGCCCGACAGACGGCCACAUUGAGUUCUUUGGCAGGAUGGACCAACAGGUCAAAAUCCGUGGCCACCGCAUCGAGCCUGCUGAGGUAGAGCAGGCGAUGCUACGUCAUGGCGAUGUUGUCGAUGCCGCUGUCGUCGUCCGCAGCAAGGAUGGCGAGGAACCAGAGAUGAUUGGCUUCGUGGCUGCGCAGAGUGACCAAUCUCAAGAGGACGACGAGGCCAGUGACCAGGUUCAAGGCUGGGGCAACCAUUUCGAGAUCAGUACCUAUGCCGACAUCGAGAGUAUCGACAAAUCAGCCGUAGGCAACGACUUCUUAGGUUGGGUCUCGAUGUACGACAAGUCCGAAAUCGAUAAGGACGAGAUGCAGGAAUGGCUCAACGAUACUAUGACAACACUCCAUGAUGGGCAACCGGCCAAGCACGUCGUUGAACUCGGCACAGGUACUGGCAUGAUCCUUUUUAACCUGAAAGGAGUUGAAAGCUACGUCGGCUUGGAACCAUCAACUUCAGCAGCUGCGUUCGUUAACAGCAAGAUUCAGUCGAUUCCAUCGCUGGCAGGCAAGGCUAAAGCUCUUGUCGGCACAGCAAUGGACGUAAGAAAUCUUGACAUUCAAGCCGACCUUGUUAUAGUCAACUCCGUUGCACAGUAUUUCCCAUCGGCAGACUAUCUUUUCGAGGUUAUUGAGCACCUAUCGCGCUCGCCAGGUGCGAAGCGGCUAUUCUUUGGUGAUAUGCGGACCUACGCUAUCAACAGGGACUUCCUCGCAGCGAGAGCACUUCACGAUUUAGGCUCUAAUGCUACGCGUGACGGAAUCCAGCGCAAGAUAGCUGAGCUCGAGGAUCGUGAGGAAGAGCUGCUUGUUGACCCAGCCUUUUUCACAGGACUAACAAGCCGCCUUCCUGAUAGCGUGUGGCACGUAGAAAUUCUUCCCAAGAGAAUGAAGGCCACCAACGAGCUAAGCGCGUAUCGAUAUGCGGCCGUCAUACAUAUGCGAGACCCAGAAGGGGGGCAACCACAACAGCCGAUCUAUUCGAUUGAAAAAGACGCAUGGGUUGACUUUAGCGAUUCCAAGUUGAAUUAUUCUUGGCUUCUUAACCUGCUGCAAGGCUCGACAGAUGUCAUGACUGUUCCUGUUGCCAAUAUUCCUUACAGAAAGACAAUCGUCGAGCGACUCCUGAUCAAGUCACUGGAUAAUGACGACGAAGAAACUCAACGCUCUGUAGACGGCAAUUCCUGGAUUACGAUGAUCCGCGACGAAGCAGACCAAUAUUCAUCCCUCUCUGCGGUCGAUCUUGUCGAAAUCGGUAAGCAAGCCGGCUUCAGCGUGGAACUCAGCUGGGCCCGACAAAGAUCCCAGCAUGGAGGUCUGGAUGCCAUCUUCCACCGUUAUCGUCCAGGCGAUAAAGAAACGCGGGUGCUAUUCGACUUCCCUACAGAACACCAAGGUCGACUGUCUAAGCUUCUUAGCAAUCGUCCCUUGCAGCAACGUCAGAGUCGCCGCCUUGAGAAACAAGUCUGGGGCCAGCUACAAGCCGCACUUCCGCCGUAUAUGAUUCCGUCCCAAAUUGUGGUGCUGGAUCAGCUCCCGCUUAACCCAAACGGCAAGGUUGAUAGGCGUGAGCUACAACGCAAGGCUAAAGCUGCUCCGAAGGCUGCAAGGGCGACGGAAACGAUACAUGAGAUUGUUGAGCCGCGGAACGAGGUAGAAGCUGUGAUUUGUGAAGAGUUCUCGGUCGUCCUAGGGGUGGAAGUAGGCAUUACCGACAACUUCUUCAAUCUCGGCGGGCACUCUCUCAUGGCUACGAAACUCGCCGCACGCCUCAGCCGGAGAUUGAACACUUAUGUCUCAGUUAAAGACAUCUUUAACCAGGCCGUUAUUAUAGACCUGGCCGCUACCAUCCGACAGGGCUCCAGCAAGCAUAACGCCAUCAUCUCUAUGCCCUACACCGGCCCGGUCGAACAGUCGUUUGCCCAAGGUCGCCUGUGGUUCCUGGAUCAACUAGAUCUCGGAUCAUUAUGGUAUAUAAUGCCUCUCGCAGUGCGUCUACGGGGCCCUCUGCGGAUUGAUGCGCUCACCGCAGCCCUGCAGGCGUUAGAGAAUCGCCACGAGGCGCUGAGAACAACGUUUGAAGAACAAGAUGGUGUCGGGGUCCAGAUAGUUCACCCCUUUGAACCUAAGCAAAUCCGGAUUAUAGAGAUACCGGCAGGCCAGAACGGUGACUACACCGAAACUCUGGAGAAGGAGCAAAAGAGGCCCUUCAACCUCUCGUCCGAGCCGGGCUGGCGGCCAGCGCUAAUUCGUCUACACGAGCAAGACCAUAUCCUAUCCAUCGUCAUGCACCACAUCAUCUACGAUGGAUGGUCUCUCGAAAUCAUUCAGCGCGAGCUCGCUGCAUUUUAUACCGCUGCGGUUCAAGGCCAUGAUCCCCUUGCCAAGGUCGUGCCUCUAUCUAUCCACUAUAGAGAUUUUGCGGUAUGGCAAAAACAGGAAACACAAGCGGCUCAGCAGGAAAAGCAGCUAUCUUACUGGAGGAGACAACUGGAAGGUAGCCAACCGGCUACUAUUUUCUGUGAUAAACCACGGCCAUCUGCUCCCUCGGGCGACGCUGGGGUUGCCUCCAUCGUCAUUGAAGGCGCGACAUACAAGAACCUUCAAGCCUACUGCCGAGCACGACAGGUUACCCCAUUUGUCAUUCUCUUGGCUGCUUUCCGGGCUGCUCAUUACAGACUUACAGGAGCUGAAGAUGCAGCCAUAGGAACCCCUAUUGCUAACCGUAACCGCUUCGAACUUGAAGAUCUGAUCGGCUUCUUUGUUAACACCCAAUGUAUCCGUACUACGGUGGAAGAUGAAGAGGAAACUUUCGAAUCGCUUGUUCAACAGGUUCGUGACACAGUUAACAGUGCCUUCGAGAACCAAGACGUACCCUUUGAACGUAUCGUAUCGGCCCUGCAGCCUGGAUCCAGGGACACAUCCCGCAACCCCCUAGUGCAGCUGAUGUUUGCUGUCCACUCCCAGGUCGGUUUAGGGGGUAUCAACUUCAAGGAUGUCACGAGCGAACGCCUAGAAAACGCAGUCAAGACUCGCUUCGAUAUGGAGUUCCACUUGUUCCAAGAAUCACGGCGGUUUUCAGGUGUCCUUCUGUACGCAACUGACCUCUUCACUUCCGAAACCGUGUCCGGCGUGGUCAACGUCUUCCAAGAAGUUCUUCGUCGCGGCUUGGAAGAACCUGAGGCAAAGCUUUCAUCCCUACCUAUCACCGACGGUAUCUCCGAGCUACAUGACAAGGGUUUACUUCAAAUUCCAAAGACAAGCUAUCCCAGAGAUGCCAGUGUGGUAGACAUCUUUUGCGAUCAGGCUCUUGCCCACCCAGACUCGCUGGCUGUCAUUGAAGGCUCAUCGACUCUGACGUACAGAGAGUUAGAUGAACAAUCUGAUAAGCUGGCUAUCUGGCUUCAACUUCAAGGCAUAGAAGAUGAGUCUCUGAUUAGUGUGUUAUCCCCACGCUCAUGCGAGACUAUUAUUGCCAUCAUGGGUAUUCUUAAGGCGAACUUGGCCUAUCUCCCGCUUGACGUCAACAUGCCUGCCGUUCGCCUCGAAGCUAUUCUUACAGCGGCUCCCAGCUGCAAGCUGGUGUUACUCGGCGCCGAUGUGCCCGAUCCAAAUCCGGUGCCCGCAGAUGUUGAGCUCGUUCGCAUUGGCACAGCACUUGAGAGGCCGAGUAACACCUCAGCUGUCGCCUCGCGACCGUCAGCAUCAAGCCUGGCCUACGUUAUCUUCACUUCCGGCUCAACUGGCAAGCCCAAGGGUGUGAUGAUUGAACACCGCGGUAUUGUCCGUCUCGUUAAGGACAGUAACGUAGUAGCCAAGCUCCCGGAAGCUCCUCGUGUGGCGCACAUAUCCAACAUCGCAUUCGACGCGUCAACUUGGGAGAUGUACUCGGCUCUAUUAAACGGAGGCACCUUGGUAUGUGUCGACUACUUCACCACCCUGGAUAGCAAAGAAUUGCAAGCCUUGUUCCUGCGUGAGCAAGUCCAGGCUGCCAUGAUUCCGCCAUCGCUACUCAAGCAAUGUCUAACCAAUGCCCCUGGUACACUUGCAAACAUAGAGGUCCUGUUUGUUGGCGGUGAUCGAUUUGAUCCGCGCGAUCUAGCCGAGACUAUCUCUGUUAUUCCAGGAAGCGUAUACAACGCCUACGGACCAACAGAAAAUUCUGUCGCUAGCACCAUUCACCUGACUAGCAACACGGAUCCGUAUGUUAACGGUAUUCCUGUUGGGCAGACCGUUAGCAACUCCGGGGCUUUCAUCAUGGAUAAAAAUCAGCAACUUGUGUCGACAGGCGUCAUGGGAGAGCUUGUUGUUGCAGGUGAUGGACUUGCCCGAGGAUACACAGACUCAACGUUAGAAAAAGACCGUUUCGUCACCAUCACCGUUGAUGGCCAGUCUUCGAUGAGGGCAUACCGAACUGGCGAUCGCGUGCGAUACCGUCCCGACGGACAGAUUGAGUUCUUUGGGCGUAUGGACCAGCAAAUCAAGAUCCGUGGUCACCGUGUCGAGCCAGCCGAAGUGGAACAGGCCCUCCUUAGAUACACCUCCGCCCGCGACGCCGCCGUCGUCAUUCGAACACAAGAUGGCAAGGAGGGAGAGAUUGUGGGUGUCGUCGCACUCCCGUACGCCAAUGGGGUCGCCCCUGAACAGGCAGAAGCUGCGAAGCAGCAGUUUGUAAUCGCAACUGAAAAGAAGAUGCUGCAACAGCUAAGAACUGUGUUGCCAGCAUACAUGCUGCCAGUACAGAUUAUUGUUAUGGAGCAGCUCCCUCUCAAUGCCAACGGCAAGGUUGAUCGGCGCCUGCUUACACAUAGGGUUCAGAGUCUCAGUAGUUCGGCCUCCGCCUCUGCGAGGUCAACACGUAUUGCAGCGCGGAACGAUGUCGAGGCCGCGUUGUGUGAUGAGUUCACCGACGUGCUAGGUGUGGAAGUUGGCGUGGAUGACGAUUUCUUCGACCUUGGUGGCCACUCACUCAUGGCAACAAGACUUGCGGCGCGUAUCAGCCGCCGGCUAAACGACCAUGUUUCCGUUAAGACCGUCUUUGACUAUCCUGUCCUUGCGGACCUCGCCGCCACUAUUCGUAAGGGAUCGAAGAAGCAUAGCGCUAUUGAGGCUGCUCCCUACAGCGGACCUGUCGAGCAGUCAUUUGCUCAGGCACGUUUAUGGUUUAUUGACCAGCUGCAGCUCAGCUCGUCAUACAUCAUGCCACUCGCUAUGCGAAUGCGCGGACCUCUCUCCAUCAACGCGCUCAACUUGGCUGUGAACGCCUUGGAACAACGUCAUGAGACUCUCCGAACUACCUUUGAGGAACACGACGGUGUAGGCGUGCAGGUUGUACACACCAACAAGGGCCAUGGAGGGUCGCUGAGAGUAAUUGAUGCGCCGUCAGACACCUGUGAUGCUAUCAAACUUCUCCAACAAGAACAAGCUGCUCCCUUCAACCUCGCAGAGGAGCCAGGCUGGCGUGUUUCGGUACUACGACUUGGUGAUGAAGACCACAUCCUCUCAAUUGUCAUGCAUCACAUCAUCUCCGAUGGUUGGUCUAUCGAGGUCUUGCAGCGCGAAUUGGGAAUCCUAUACGCCGCAGCAAAUAGGGGCCAGGACCUCCAAAACUGUCUAGCACCCUUGGUGAUUCAGUACCGUGACUUUACCCUCUGGCAGAAGCAAGAUGCACAGAUGGCCGAACACGACCGCCAAUUGGAUUAUUGGACGAAUCAUCUGCAAGGUGUCCAGCCAGCAACGUUGCUGGCUGAUAAGCCUCGGCCAGCAGUACUCUCGGGCAGUGCCGGCGCCGUUUCUUUCAGCAUCGAGGGCGAGAUUUACGACGACUUACAAAACUUCUGCCGGGCUUACAAGACUACGUCCUUUGCUGUGCUGCUUUCAGCCUUCCGCACAGCUCACUUCCGACUAACCGGGGUAAAUGAUGCGGCAGUCGGCACCCCUAUCGCCAACCGUAACCGCUCUGAGCUUGAGGAUAUAAUCGGCUUCUUCGUCAACACCCAGUGUAUGCGAAUUAGCAUCGAGGAUAACGAGACCUUUGAAAGUCUUGUUAACCAGGUUCGAUCCACUUCUGCUGCGGCUUUCGAGAAUCAGGAUGUGCCAUUUGAGCGCAUUGUCUCGGCUCUGUUACCUGGAGCUAGGGAUACAUCCAGAAACCCAUUGGUUCAACUCAUGUUCUCUCUCAACUCGCAGCAAGACCUUGGCAAAAUCCAGCUGGAGGGACUGACAAGCGAGGCUAUGCCAACAGCUGCUACAAGUCGCUUCGAUGCGGAAUUCCACCUCUUCCAGGGCGCUGGACGCCUUGACGGAGCUGUCCUCUAUUCCACCGACCUGUUCGAGUCUGAAUCCAUUCGCAGUAUCGUCAACACAUUCCAGGACGUACUCCGCCAGGCUUUCAAGGAGCCCCAGACACCUCUUGCAACAUUGCAUCUCAGUCACGCUGAGGAGAGCCUCCGCGACAUGGGUCUGCUUGACGUUGCAGCACUUGCCCAGCCAAACGCCGUCGCCGUCACGGAUACUACAUCUCGGAUGACAUAUGCCGAACUAGAUCAACAAUCCGACAGGCUUGCCAAGUGGCUCCGGCAGCGUCAGUUGGCUCCAGAAACUUUAGUCGGUGUCUUGGCGCCAAGGUCAUGCGAGACCAUCAUAGCCUUCAUGGGUAUCCUAAAGGCUAAUUUGGCAUAUCUCCCGCUGGAUGUCAACGUCCCAGCCGCCCGUGUCGAGACGAUCCUCUCUUCUGUCCCAGGCCAAAAGCUAGUCUUAGUCGGCUCAAACGUCUCUACGGAUGUUGCGCUUCCCGACAUUGACUUGGUUCGGAUCAACGCUGCCCUCGCCGCCAACACAGGUCCCAAUGGCGUGAACUCGAUCUCGUCACCGAAUGCUAGUAGUCUUGCUUAUGUUAUCUUCACUUCUGGCUCCACCGGCAAGCCCAAAGGUGUUAUGGUUGAGCAUAGAAGUAUCGUCCGUCUGGUAAAGAACACCAACUUGGUCCCCCGGACGGAGGCAAUCACAGCUGUUGCUCAUAUGUCUAACCUGGCUUUUGAUGCGGCUACUUGGGAAAUUUACGCCCCAUUACUUAAUGGAGGUACAGUUGUUUGUGUUGAUUACCUGGCAGUUCUUAAUCCUGCCGGCCUCGGCCAAAUCCUCUCCGAUAACAGGGUUACCGCUGCCUUCUUUACAACAGCCCUCCUGAAGCAAUUCCUCGAGGACUCACCGUCUGUCCUUAGCAGUCUUGAUCUGCUCUUUGCAGGCGGUGAGUGGAUGCGGCUGCAAGAUGCGAAGAAGGCAGUACAACUAGUACGCCAGUCCUUCUGCCACGUCUAUGGGCCGACCGAGAACACCACCUUCAGCACUGUCUAUCCUAUGCAUGAAAAGGAGCAAGGCGCUAAUGGUGUUCCUAUCGGUCGCAGUAUCAGUAAUUCAGGGUCCUAUAUUAUGGAUUCACGACAGCAAUUGGUACCUAUUGGCGUUAUUGGCGAACUUGUCGUCACUGGCGAUGGCCUUGCCCGUGGCUACACUGAUGCUGAACUCGAUCUUGGUCGAUUUGUUAAUGUUGUCGUCGCCGGCCAAGCAAUGCGGGCUUACCGGACGGGCGAUUACGCCCGCUUUAGACCUACCGACGGCCAGAUCGAAUUCUUUGGCAGAAUAGACCAACAGAUCAAAGUCCGCGGCCAUCGAAUCGAACUUGCCGAGGUCGAACAGGCGAUACUUCGCCAUUCUGGCAUCGGCAAUGCUAUAGUUGUCAUCUCCAAGCCAGAUGAUGGCCGCGACCCGGAACUGGUCGCCUUCUUUACAGAGGAUGUUAGAACUGAAGAAGAGCAAUUUGCCGACAAGAUGGAAAAGGACGUUCGGCAACACUUGAAAACCAUUCUUCCGUCCUACAUGGUCCCCGCGCGAAUCUUGAGGCUAGACCAGAUGCCUCUGAACCCCAACGGCAAGGUUGAUCGCCGUGUGUUGGCCGGUAGAGCCCAAGAAAUCAUGGCCGACAACACUGUAGCCCCUUCUGCUGUUUCGGAGCGUGUACCGCCGCGAAACGAGAUCGAGGCCACCCUUUGCGAGGAAUUCGCCAACAUACUUGGUUCUGAAGUUGGCAUCACGGAUAGCUUCUUCGACCUCGGUGGGCACUCUCUUAUGGCUACGAAGCUUGCGGCCCGCCUUAGCCGUCGCAUUCACGCCCGUGUGUCUAUCAAGGACAUAUUUGAUUCACCAGUGUUGGCCGAUCUCGCCAGCAAGAUUAAACAAGGCUCAACGCAAUACAGCCCUAUCAUUCCCACGCCAUACACCGAGCCAGUCAGACAAUCUUUUGCCCAGGGUCGUCUCUGGUUCCUUGAGCAGCUUGAGCUAGCUACAUCUUCAUACUUGGUGCCGCUCGCUGUUCGCCUCUGUGGACGUCUCAAUAUCGAAGCGCUCACUGCUGCGGUUCAGGCUCUAGAGCAGCGUCACGAGACACUACGGACGAUCUUUACAGAUCACGAAGGUGUUGGCAUGCAGAUCGUCCAGCCAAGUCGAGCUAAGGCUCUACGACAGAUCGAUGUUUCUGGCUCAGGCAAUGAUACCUACGAAUCAGCUCUUGCGCGGGAGCAAACAACCACUUUCGACCUAUCGUCAGAGCCCGGUUGGCGGAUAGCUCUCUUGCGACUAAGCGAUGAAGAGUAUGUCCUAUCGAUUGUCAUGCACCACAUUGUCUCUGAUGGUUGGUCACUUGAUAUCCUGCGGAGGGAUCUUGCAAGAUUCUAUUCUAUUGCUCUUCGCAAAGAGGAUCCCUUAUCUCAGACCGCGCCAUUACCCGUUCAGUAUCGCGACUUUGCAGUAUGGCAGAAGCAAGAUGCGCAGGUGUCAGAAAGUGAACGUCAGCUGUCAUACUGGGAAGAACAGCUUCAGGGUAGCCAGCCCGCUAGUCUGCUCUGCGAUAAGCCUCGACCAGAAGUGAUGUCUGGUAAGGCAGGCUAUGUACAAUUGGAAAUCCAGGGGGAACUCUUUGACAAACUCAAUGCGUUCUGUCGCAGCCAUUACACCACGCCAUUUGCGGUUCUUCUUACUGCGUUCCGUAUUACGCAUUACCGUCUCACCGGCGUAGAUGACGCUACUAUUGGCACACCGAUUGCUAACCGUAACCGACCGGAACUGGAAGAUUUGAUUGGGUUCUUUGUUAACACCCAAUGUAUACGAAUCCCAGUCGAGGGCGAAGAGGAGACAUUUGAUCAGCUAGUACGAAAAGUCCGGUCAACCACCACAAUAGCGUUCGAGAACCAAGACGUACCCUUCGAGCGUAUCGUUUCAUCGCUUCUUACCGGCUCGAGAGACACAUCGCGCAACCCACUUGUUCAGCUGCUCUUUGCAGUCCACUCACAGGAAGACCUCGGUAAAAUACAGUUUGAAGGCGUCGAUAGCCAACCUGUUGCUAUACCACUUACUACGCGUUUCGACCUUGAGUUUCACUUGUUCCACAAGGAAGGAGGCUUGAACGGAAACAUUCUGUACGCAACAGACUUGUUCAACCCCGAGACUAUCCAGAAUGUCGUGGAUGUCUUCCAGGAGGUUCUCCGUCGAUGCCUUGAGCAGCCAGAGGCGCCCAUCUCAAGCCUGCCACUGACCGACGGCCUAUCCACAUUUGAGGAUCUAGGCUUGCUCGAAAUCAACAAGACAGAGUACCCGCGUGACGCUAGCGUCAUAGACCUUUUCCGUGAGCAGGCAGCUGCUUGUCCUGAGGCUAUAGCGGUAACAGAUGGAGCUUCCAAGCUUACAUACGCUCAGCUUGACAAGCAGUCCGACAUGGUUGCGUCCUGGCUGCGUGUACGCCGAUUGGCAGCAGAGACUCUAGUCAGCGUCUAUGCGCCAAGGUCUUGCCAAACUAUUGUCGCCUUUAUUGGCAUCCUCAAGGCUAACCUCGCCUACCUUCCGCUCGAUGUGAACGUUCCGGCCGCUCGAAAUGAGACAAUUCUUUCGGCAGUGCCCGGACAUAAGUUGGUUCUCCUUGGUAGCAGCGUGGCGGUACCUCAGCUCUCACUUUCGGAUGUCGAGCUAGUCUCUUUGGACGAUAUUUUCGCCGCCAGCAUUGACCCUAGUCACACAGGCUGUGGUGUCGAUGAACCUCACGCAAAGAGCCUGGCAUAUGUCAUGUUUACAUCGGGAUCGACCGGUCGCCCUAAGGGCGUUAUGAUUGAGCAUCGUGGAAUCAACAGGUUGGUGAGACAAAGCAGUCUCAUGUACAAGAUGCCCCAGGCUCCCCGCGUGGCACACUUAUCCAACACUGCCUUUGAUAACUCUACCUGGGAGAUUUACAUCGCUCUUCUCAACGGUGGCACAGUCGUCUGUAUCGACUAUUACACAACCUUGGACAGCAAGGCGCUUGAGUCUGUGUUCAUCCAGGAGAGAGUUCAAGCAUCAAUGAUUCUCCCUUCUCUCCUGAAACAGUGCCUUCUCCAUGCACCUGCUGCGAUUGCUGCCCUAGACGUUAUUUUGGCUGCCGGAGAUCGAUUUGACGGGCGAGAUGCAGUUGAAGCCCAAGCAUUGAUCCAGGACAAUGUUUACAAUGCAUACGGCCCUACCGAAAACACGGUCUCCAGCACCAUCUACAAGGUUAAGGGAGAUGAAGAUUUUAUUAACGGCGUUCCUAUUGGUCGGGCUAUUGACAACACCGGUGCUUAUGUUGUUGACUCGCACCAGCAGCUUGUGUCUCCAGGCAUCAUGGGUGAACUCGUGGUAACGGGAGACGGCCUCGCCCGUGGAUAUACCGACCCUACCCUGGAUACAAAUCGAUUUGUUGAGAUCUCUAUUAAGGAUCAGCUCGUCAGGGCCUACCGGACCGGUGAUCGGGCACGGUUCCGACCCGGCGACGGUCAAAUCGAGUUUUUCGGCCGUAUCGACCAGCAAAUCAAGGUCCGCGGCCAUCGCAUUGAGCCAGCAGAGAUAGAACAGGCUAUGCUCGGCCACUCUGCCGUUCUUGAUGCUGCUGUUGUCCUGCGGAAGACGGAAGGCGAGGAGGCAGAUGUUGUCGGGUUUGUCAUCGCCCGGGGUAUCACCGCUGAUUCUGAUCCCGAAGCCGUUGUGCAAACGGAAAAGAGCAUUCUGCAACGCCUACAAAGCUUGCUGCCGCCGUACAUGGUUCCCGUUCAGAUCAUCUUGCUAGACCAGAUGCCACUCAACGCUAACGGCAAGAAUGAUCGUCGCGAGCUCACGCGAAGGUCCCACGUGGCGCCAAAGGCCAAGAAGACUUCCAUAUAUGAGGCGCCGCGGAACGAAAUCGAAGCGGCCCUAUGUGAAGAGUUUAGAGACGUGCUUGGCGUUGAGGCCGUUGGAAUCAACGAUGGCUUUUUUGAUCUCGGCGGGCACUCACUUAUGGCAACUAAGCUCGCAGCACGCCUGAGCAGGCGUCUGCACACUGUAAUCUCAGUCAAAGACAUCUUCAACCUGCCUGUCAUCGUGGACCUGGCAGCCAUUAUUCAACAAGAUUCGGCACAGCAUAAAGCCAUCGAGGCAACAGAGUACUUGGGCCCUGUUGAGCAGUCCUUCUCUCAGGGCCGUCUUUGGUUUCUCGAACAACUUGAACUCGGUGGCACAGCAUACCUUGUGCCGCUUGCAGUCCGUCUACGCGGCCCACUGCAGAUGGAGGCUUUCAUGACUGCACUUCAGGCUCUUGAACAGCGCCACGAGACCCUUCGAACGACUUUCAAGGGUUACGAGGGUGUCGGUCUGCAGGUCAUCCAACCCGCAAACAGCAGGCCACUCAGGGUUGUUAAUGUGCCGACCGGAACCGACUUUAAUAAGCUACUUCAGCAAGAUCAGAGAACUCCGUUCAAUCUGGCGAAUGAACCCGGCUGGCGAGUCACCUUGCUUCGACUGGGAGACCGAGACCACGUAUUGUCCAUCGUGAUGCAUCACAUCAUAUCUGAUGGUUGGUCUAUUGACAUUCUCCAGCGUGAGCUAGCUGCCUUUUACGCCACCGCGCUCCAGGGUAAAGAUCCCCUACUGCAAAUCGCGUCUCUUCCCAUACAAUAUCGUGAUUUCGCUAUCUGGCAGAAGCAAACAUCACAGGUGGUUGAACACGAGCGUCAACUGGCCUACUGGAAAGAACAGCUAGACGGAAGCCAGCCAGCCAGCUUCCUCUGCGACAAGGUCCGGCCCUCGAAGCUAUCUAGCAAUGCUAGUGUUGUCCAGUUUAUGAUCGACGGCCCUGUAUAUGAAGGCUUGCAAACCUUCUGCAAGGCCCGCCAAACGACACUAUAUGCCGUUCUCUUUGCCGCAUUCCGAGCUACGCACUAUCGCCUAACUAGCAUGGAGGAUGCUACUAUCGGCACACCUAUUGCUAACCGAAAUCGGCCAGAACUUGAAGACAUGAUCGGUUUCUUCGUUAAUACGCAGUGCAUGCGAACUACUGUGACAGACAAGCAGUCAUUCAAUGAGCUAGUCACACAGGUCCGGUCAACAGUAGCAGCUGCUAUCGAGCACCAGGAUGUACCGUUUGAACGAAUCGUCUCUGCCUUGCUGCCUGGGUCAAGGGAUAUGUCCCGAAAUCCUCUGGUACAACUCAUGUUUACCCUUCACGCCCAAGAAAAUCUUGGCAAGGUGCAAUUAGAUGGCCUUGAGAGUGAGCAGCUUUCAAUGACGCCAACUACCAGACUGGAUUUGGAGUUCUACCUCUCCCAGCAGGAUGGCUUCCUAGGUGGAAAUGUCAUCUUCUCCACAGACCUAUUCGAGGCUGAAACUAUCAAUCGCAUAGUCAAUGUCUUCCAGGAGGUCCUAGCCGAAGGCAUCAAGCAGCCAGAGGCGCCCAUUACUAACCUGCGGCUUACGCAUGGUCUUGCUGAGCUACGCGACUUGGGUCUGCUUGAUAUAAGAACCACGGACUAUCCCCGCGACUCGAGCAUUGUAGACGUCUUCAAAAACCAAGUUUCGAUUUGCCCAGACGCUAUAGCUGUUACUGAUGCUUCUUCCGAAUUGUCGUACAGCCAACUAGAUCAACAGUCUGAUCAAAUUGCCGCCUACCUCCGGAACAAAGACAUGGCGCCAGAGACGUUGGUGGGAGUUCUUGCACCCCGCUCCUGCCAGACAAUAGUCGCAUUCUUUGGAAUUCUCAAAGCAAAUCUUGCAUAUCUACCGUUAGAUGUCAACAGCCCCUCGGCUCGCGUUAACGCCAUCCUAUCGGCGGUACCCGGGCACAAAUUCGUCUUGCUCGGUGACAGUGUACCGACCCUUACUUCCGAAACUCUAGACGCGGAGCCAGUUUGGAUAAGUGACGCUUUACUGCUUGGAAAGACUGCAAACUCCGACAACCCCAGUUCACACCUCCCCAUUAGAGCCACGAGCUUGGCAUGUGUCAUUUUCACAUCAGGCUCAACUGGUAACCCCAAAGGUGUUAUGAUUGAGCAUCGCAGUAUUCUGAACCUUGCCAAGUCAACUGAUUUGAUGACCCAAUCUCAAGCAGCGCAGCCAUUUUCUCACAUGGUCAACUUAGCUUUUGAUGUCUCUACGUGGGAGAUCUAUACACCACUUCUCAACGGAGGCACCGUGGUAUGCAUCGACCACAUGACGGUGUUGAACCCCACUGCCCUCGGCGAGGCACUUACAGCCAACAAGGUCAAGAACGUCGUCAUCACAACAGCUCUCCUCAACCUGUACCUUGAGGAGAUUCCGCACGUUAUUAGCAGCCUUGAUUUUCUUAUGGUAGGAGGUGAAGCAAUGCGCCCGAACGACGCCUUGAAAGCCCGCGGCCUGGUUCAACAGGGUUUCUGCAACGCAUACGGACCGACAGAGAAUACAACCAUCAGUACCCUAUACGUCAUGAGCGCAGACGAAAAAUGCGUUAAUAGCGUUCCUAUCGGAAAAGCGGUUUCUAACGCGGGCGCUUACAUCAUGGAUUCGAAACAACAGCUUGUCCCCGUCGGUGUGAUGGGAGAGCUGGUUGUGACCGGAGACAGUCUUGCCCGUGGCUACACAGACCCAGAAUUGAAUUCCAAUCGCUUUGUGCAGGUUGAAAUUUCUGGACUGUCUGUUAAGGCAUACCGGACGGGUGAUCGCGCCCGUUACCGCCCUGGCGAUGGUCUUAUUGAGUUCUUUGGCCGAAUGGACCAGCAGGUUAAGAUUCGCGGCCACCGUAUCGAAGUUGCUGAGAUUGAACAAGCUAUUCUCAGUAUCAACAGUGUUCUUGCAACUGCAGUCGUUCUUCGCAAGCAAGAAGGGCAAGAUUCAGACAUUGUAGGCUUCGUUACAUCCAGCCAUAUCAGCUCGCAUUCCGAGAGCCAAGAAAAGAAACAGGGCUUUCACUCGAACCUAGAAAGAGAAAUACGACACCGCCUUCAAUCUCUGCUCCCGCCAUACAUGAUGCCAGCACAGAUCAUUGUAUUAGAGCAGUUGCCACUCAACGCAAACGGCAAAAUCGACCGACGAGAGCUUGCUAAGAGGGCCUUGACCGCAACCAAGACUAGCCUGGCGCGGGAGCUUAUCGCGCCGCGUAAUGAAAAGGAAGAGGCACUCUGCGAAGAAUACUCUGAUCUUCUUGGGGUCGAAGUAGGUAUUACUGAUAACUUCUUCGACCUUGGCGGUCACUCUCUCAUGGCAACGAAGCUAGCCGCUCGCAUCAACCGCCGUCUAGAUGCUCGUAUUUCUGUCAAAACUCUCUUCGACCACCCUGUCCUUGUUGACCUCGCAGAGGUCAUACAGCAAGGGUCGGCCCUUCACAGCCCAAUUGUUCCAUCAGAAUAUAACGGGCCUGUCGAACAAUCUUUUGCACAAGGCCGCCUCUGGUUUUUGGACAAGCUUAGCAUUAGCGGCGCAGCAUACAUGAUGCCUCUUUCUGUGCGGAUGCGUGGAGUCCUCCAGGUUAAAGCUCUGACGACUGCCUUACAUGCUUUGGAAGAACGGCACGAGACACUCAGAACGACCUUUGAAGAGAUCAAAGGUGUUGGCGUUCAAAUCGUUCAUAGCAGCCAGAAUAAGCCGCUCACUAUCGUCGAUGUAUCAGCUAAGGACCCGGCUACUGCUCUAGACCUCCUGCGGAAAGAGCAAAUGGUUCCUUUCGACUUGACCUCGGAACCAGGAUGGAGAGUAACACUUUUCAGGCUCGGCGAGCAGGAUCACAUUCUCUCCAUCGUUAUGCAUCACAUCAUUUCCGACGGCUGGUCUAUUGAUCUCCUGCGCCAGGAACUAGGCAGCUUUUAUUCUGUCGCUUUGCGCGAUCAAAAUCCUCUAGCCAAGGUGACGCCACUUCCUGUUCAUUACCGCGACUUUGCCAUGUGGCAAAAGACGGAGGAACAGGUAGCUGAACAUCAAAGACAACUGGAGUAUUGGACCGAGAAACUAGCCGACAGUUCGCCUGCAGAAGUCCUCUGUGACAAACCAAGGCCUGCAAUCCUAUCUGGCGAGGCUGGCAUUGUCCGAGUUGUUAUCGACGGACCCCUCUACGAAAACCUCCAGACCUUCUGCCGGACACGUCAAGUAACGCCAUUCGCAGUUCUCCUAGCCACCUUCCGCGCUACACACUUCCGCUUAACAGGCGUUGAAGACGCAACAAUUGGUACUCCUAUAGCCAACCGUAACCGGCCGGAGCUGGAAGACAUGAUCGGUUUCUUCGUCAACACACAGUGUAUGAGGAUCACUGUUAAUGAUGAGUCGUUUGAUGGCCUCGUUCAACAAGUUCGCGCUACGGCGGCUGCCGCCUUUGAGAACCAGGAUGUUCCGUUCGAGCGUGUUGUCUCGGCACUUCUGCCCGGAUCAAGAGAUACCUCUCGCAACCCGUUGGUACAGCUUAUGUUUGCUGUUCACUCGCAGAGGGAUCUUGGCCGCAUUAACCUUGAGGGUAUUGUCAGUGAGCCUCUGCCUACAGCAAUCACAACUCGCUUCGACAUGGAAUUCCAUCUCGCUCAAGAAGAAGGCUAUCUAGCUGGCAACGUACUCUAUGCCGCCGAACUGUUCGAGUCUGCCACCGUCCGAGGACUAAUUGACGUCUUCCAAGAAACGCUUCGCCGGGGACUAGCGCAACCAGAAGUACCCAUCGCAAGCCUGCCACUCACCGACGGACUGCCGAUUCUACGUGACAUGGGUCUACUCAAGGUUGAGAAGACAGAUUAUCCCAGAGAUUCUAGCGUCAUAGACGUCUUCCGCCAGAAUGUCGUUGCUCAUCCUGAGAGAAUUGCGGUCAAGGAUGCCAACACACAACUAACCUACGCCCAACUCAACGACAACUCAGACCAGCUUGCGGCUUGGCUUCUGCAGCGGCAAAUUCCAGCCGAGGCGCUGGUAGGUGUGCUUGCUCCGAGGUCGUGCGAGACAACCGUCGCUUGUCUUGCUGUUCUGAAGGCAAAUCUGGCCUAUCUGCCGCUCGAUGUAAAGGUACCUGUUGCCCGACUCAAGGCAAUUCUCUCAGUGGUCCCGGGGUUCUCACUUGUGCUUCUUGGUUCCAACGAGCCCAUCCCCGAUGUCCGCUUACCCAACACUGAGUUUGUCUCUUUAGCCGACGCCUUUGCCCAGUCUCGCCAUAACUCGACAGGUGUCCCAGCUAUAGUCACAUCCCCCUCAGCAACCAGUCUCGCAUACGUCAUCUUCACGUCGGGUUCUACGGGAAAGCCUAAAGGUGUAAUGAUUGAACAUCGUGGUAUUGUUCGGCUUGUCAAGCAGAGCAAUAUUGUACGCGAUUUUCCCAAAGAGGCACACCUCGCCCAUGUCUCCAACAUCGCCUUCGACGCCUCCGCUUGGGAGAUGUACACCGCCCUCCUCAACGGUGCGACGCUUAUUUGCAUUGACUACUUCACUACCCUGGAUAGUCAAGCUCUUGAGACGGUUUUUGCCCGAGAGCAUAUCAAUGUGGCUAUGCUAUCACCUGCGCUCCUUAAACAAUGUCUCACCAACAUCCCACACACAGUCAGCGCUCUAGACGUGCUAUAUGUUGGUGGAGAUCGAUUCAACCCCUCUGAUGCCAUCAAUGCUCGCGCCCUCGUCAAGAAUAGUGUUUACAAUGCCUACGGGCCCACGGAAAACACCGUCGCAAGCACUAUCUACAGCAUCAGAAAGGGCGAUACCUUUGAACAUGGUGUGCCCAUUGGUCGAGCUGUAAGCAAUUCUGGCGCUUUUGUUAUGGACUCAAGCCAAAACCUAGUCUCCCCUGGUGUGAUGGGCGAACUGGUUGUGACAGGCGAUGGGCUUGCUCGCGGAUACACAGACCCCACGCUUGAUCAAAACCGCUUCGUGGAAAUCACUAUUGACGGCCAGGCCAUGCGGGCAUACCGCACUGGUGACCGUGCUAGGUUGCGACCUUCGGAUGGCCAAAUUGAAUUCUUUGGUCGCAUAGACCAGCAGAUCAAGAUCCGAGGACAUCGCAUCGAACCAGCCGAAGUAGAGCUUGCUAUGCUGAGGCAUCCCAUCGUCCGCGACGCGGCCGUCGUUAUCCGCAGCCAGUCUGAUCAAGAAUCGGAGAUUGUUGGAUUUGUUACGGUUCAUGACGAAGAGCCCAGCCAAGACAGCCAGCUUGAUCAAGACGAGGCGAGUAAGCAGGUGGAGGGUUGGGGAACCCAUUUCGAGAUUGGCACCUACGCCGACCUCGAAACUAUUGAUCAAUCCGUUAUCGGCAACGACUUCUUGGGUUGGACCUCAAUGUAUGACGGAACAUUGAUUGAAAAGGCAGAAAUGCAGGAAUGGCUCGACGAAACAAUGUCAACUCUACUCGACGGCCACCCUGCCGGUCGUGUACUCGAAAUCGGUACAGGUACUGGUAUGAUCCUGUUCAAUUUGGGUCAAGGCUUAGAAACCUAUAUUGGCCUUGAACCCUCCAGCUCGGCAACAAGCUUUGUCACCGACAGUAUCAACUCAAUCCCUACGCUCGCGAGCAAGGCUCAGGUCCUUGUUGGCACGGCUACAGACGUCAGUCGACUAAGUCAGGUAACACAGGGUCAUACCGAUAUGGUGGUUAUUAACUCUGUGGCGCAAUACUUCCCGUCUUCCGACUACCUCUUCCAGGUAAUCCAGACCUUGGCAAAACUACCGGGAGUAAAACGAAUCUUCUUUGGCGACAUGCGAACCCACGCUAUUAACAAGAACUUCCUUGCUGGCAGGGCCUUAUCCUCACUUGGGGAUUCUGCUGGCAGAGACAACAUUCGCCAGAAGAUUACCGAACUGGAAGAAAACGAAGAAGAGCUCUUGGUUGCCCCGGCCUUCUUUACUGAGCUGCUCAAUAAGAUCCCAGACUUGGUCUGGCAUGUGGAAAUUCUCCCUAAGAGGAUGAAGGCUACCAACGAGCUUAGCAGAUAUCGAUACGCGGCCGUUAUCCACGUACGAGGCGUAGAUGAGCCGACGCAUCCCGUGCAUUCAAUCAAGCCCAACUCUUGGGUCAACUUCCAAGCGUCCUCACUAGACCGCGAGAGCCUCCUUACCUUGCUACAGGGCUCUUCAGACGCAUCCACAGUCGCUGUCAGCAAUAUCCCUUACAGCAAGACCGCAUUUGAACGACUGCUGGUUGAAUCGCUAGAAAAUGACGACGAGACGCUUGACGGCGCGGCCUGGAUCUCGGAUGUCCGCGAUGCCGCUCAGCGAUGUGUAGCUCUUUCUGCCUGGGACCUAGCGCAACUGGCUGAAGAAACGGGCUUCCGCGUGGAGCUCAGCUGGGCACGACAGAGAUCCCAGAACGGCGGGAUUGAUGCUGUUUUCCAUCGGCACCAACUCGAUAACCAAGAAUCCCGCGUUCUGUUCCAAUUCCCUGCCGAAGAUCAAGGCCAGCCAGCAAGCCUCCUAACUAACCGCCCGCUCCAGCGGCUCGAAAGUCGCAAGGUAGAGGCACAAAUCAGGGAGCAGCUUCAGUCAUUGCUCCCGCCUUAUAUGAUCCCAGCCCAGAUCAUAGCCCUAGACCAAAUGCCGGUUAACGCCAACGGCAAGGUUGACCGACGUGAACUCACACGCAAGGCCCAGGCUGCUCCGGUCGGCAAGCCACCCUCGGAACGCGUAGAGCCGCGUAACGAUGUCGAAGAGAUGCUCUGCGAUGAGUUUGCUGACGUGCUUGGCGUUGAGGUCGGCAUUACCGACAACUUUUUCGAUCUCGGCGGUCAAUCCCUGAUGGCCGCAAAACUUGCUGCUCGCAUCAGCCGACGACUGGAUGUCCAGGUGUCCGUUAGAGACGUCUUCAACCAUCCGGUUCCUGUAGAGCUGGCCAGCAAGCUUGUGCACAUCCAGUUACAAAGGAACGGUGCGUCCCAAGUUGUUGACAAGGAGCCCUUCCAGCUCCUAUUGCAAGAAGACCCUGAGGCCUUUGUGCACCGAGAACUGGCUCCCCAGCUUGACCCGUCUUAUGGUUCAAUCCAGAACGCAUACCCCGCAUCAUGGUCGCAGAGAAUCUGGAUCUAUGAUCCAGUUCUGAAACAGUCGCGCACGCCGGCUCUCUUCUUCAUAGACUUCCCAGCCGACACGGAUCCCAUGAUGCUGAAGGGUGCCUCCGAAACUCUUAUUCAGCACUUCGAUAUCCUACGCACGGUCAUCUUGACAGCUGCCGGUAAAUACUAUCAGCUGGUUCUCGAUCAACUCAAGGUACCCAUUGAGAUUGUCGAUGUUGAGGGAGAUAUGACCGCCGCCACCCGAGAAUAUGAAGGCGUAGAUGCACGCGACCCUCUCCGCCUGGGACACUCCCUUCUACGUAUCGCCAUUCUCAAGAAGAGGGCAUCUCCUGUGCGAAUUGUGUUCCGGAUGAAUCACGCUAUUUACGACGGUUUGAGUUUUGAAUACCUCAUGCGUGCCUUGCACACGUUGACAAUCGGCGAGCGUCUGCCAAAAUCAAUCAAAUUCGCUCGCUAUAUCCAGCACAUGAUGGAUAGCCGUGACGAGGGCUUCAAAUUCUGGCGUUCCGUUCUCCAAGGUUCUUCAAUAACCCAGUGGAAGGACGCCAACACUAAGAGUAUCCAAAACGGAAGCAAGAGCCAAAAGCCCAAGGGCAGUUGGGUAGUGGAGAAGGUGAUCAAGGCACCGCAAACGGCCAACUUGGACGGCAUCACUCCAGCCACGGUGUUUACUGCGGCCAGCGCCAUGAUGUUUGGUCAGGAGCUGGAAUCCAAGGACAUCAUCUUUGGACGUGUCGUGUCCGGCCGGCAGUGUUUGCCCGUCAGUAGCCAGUCUAUUGUCGGCCCUUGUUCGAAUGCGGUUCCCGUUCGCGUCCGCUUAGACACUGUCGACAAGCCAGUGGAGCUGCUCCGAAAGGUACAGAAACAAUACAUCGACAGCAUGCCCUAUGAGACAUUGGGUCUGGACGAUAUCAGAGACAACUGCACGGAGUGGCCCGAUUCGACAGGCAACUUUAGCCUCUACUCGGCUUAUCAGAAUUUCGACAUGCGUCCUCAUAGUGAGAAGGAGGGUCAGCGAAUUCAGCUGAACUACCUCGACAGAGUGACCGAACAACGCGAGGCUAUCAAGGAUGAUCCUACCAUGGAUAGAAAGGUCUCUGAAGAGGUUUCCAUGCACGAUAUAGACAUUGCAGGAAUGCCCGAGCCAGACGGAGUUCAUCUGCGGGUUGUUAUUGGUGCUAACCGGCAAGUCUGUGAGGAGGCAACUGUCGACCGUAUGCUCAUUGAUCUUUGCAACAACAUUCAACGGCUGUACUCGGUUCUUCAGGAUCCGACGCCUGAGACUUCCAACGGACACACCAAACAAAUUUCCAAUGGUCACACAAACCAGUCAUCCAAUGGCCUUGCAAAUCAAUCAUCCAACGGUCAUGUCAAACAGGCAUCCAAUGGGCACAGGGAGUAA